CAGAUGAAAUAAUACAACUUAUGGUCCAGCAAAACCAAUGUACGCGCACGUGUAAUAAUAGCAAAUAAGAAACCACGAAUAUCUUCCCGCUUUUCCAGAUGGCAUGACACCACGAAGAUAAAAUGGAAUUAUUUAUUGGAGUCAUCAAGCUAAUGGGAGUUAUACAUUUUCCAACCAUAGAGAGCUACUGGAAAAAGACCCAAUUUGUUACCACGAAGUAUUUGACAAAAUACCACUCAGCUACAAUCGAUUUACACUACUCCUCAAAUGCUGGCAUUUUCAGGACGAUACUCUUCCGUCCACCAAUAGGCUGGAUAAAAUAAAUCCAAUAUUGAGCAUCAUUCAAAACACCAUAAAAACUGUUUAUUUCCUGGUGAUACUGUGGUGGUAGACGAAACAAUGGUGCCUUUUCGUGGACCUCUAAAAUUCAGACAGUUUAAUUCUUCCAAAGCUCGCUGCUCUUAUGGAAUCAAGCUGUACA